AUGGCAUCUGCGCAAAGGGCUGCGGCUCUUGAAGAGCUUGCAUCUUUGAUCUUAGGCAUCAACCAAUCUUCUCCAACUCGCGUCGCAAUCGACGGGCGAACAGCAUCUGGGAAAACUACGCUUGCCGAUGAGCUUUCAAAGAUCCUCUCAGUCAAAGGAAGGAACGUUAUUCGUACUUCAAUCGACGGAUUUCAUAGACCCAAGAUCGAACGCUAUGCGCGCGGCCGUUUCUCCGCUGAGGGUUAUUACUAUGAUGCGCGUGAUCUUCAGGCUAUCAACACCCUUCUCCUCUCCCCGUUGGGACCAGAUGGUGAUCGACGUUAUCGCACGGCAUCGUUUGACCUUGAUAAGGAUGAGCCUAUUGAACAACGACCGCACCUCGCCGCAAAUAAUGCUAUACUUCUUGUGGAUGGCACCUUCCUCCAGCGACCAGAACUGCGUGAUGGUUGGGAUUUGACUAUUUUUGUUGAAACCUCAGAGCAAGUUUCAGAGCAACGAGGUAUACAUCGAGAUGCUAGCCAUUUGGGAGGACUAGAGGCCGCACGGCAGCUCUAUGCAAUGCGGUAUCGGCCCGCUUUUAAUAUCUAUGAUGGCCUAUGCCAGCCAUCCUCCCUCGCCGAUGCAAUUUUCAACAACGACAACUUUGAUCAGCCUACGCUCAAGCUUCGAGAUGGACAAUUACCGCACUAG